GAGAUCAGAGUAAAGAGGAUCCAGUCAACAUUAUUUCAUUUGUUCUCCAUAUGAGGGAUAAACUGCAGCAAAUGAGUGAGUUGGCUCAGAGUCACAUGGCAGCUGCUCAGAAACACCAAAAGGUUUGGUUUGACAAGAAAGCUCGCCACAGAAGUUUUGCUCCUGGCCAGAAGGUUUUGGUAAUGUUGCCAACUUCUGACAGCAAGUUGCUAGCAAAAUGGCAGGGACCCUUUGAAGUACUGAGGAAAACUGGACCUACUACCUAUCAAGUCUCUACACCAGGUCUCCAGCGAGGGAGUCGAGUGCUCCAUGUUAACCUUCUCAAGGAGUGGGUUCCAAGGAAGGAGAAUGAAACUGAGGUGUUGCUUAUUCACAGAGUGGAGGAGGAGGAAGAAGUUAAUGACUAUUUGCCCUCAGUAACAUCCUCUGUGCUGGACCUAAGCCAUCUCACCAGCGAGCAACAGUCUCAGGUAACACCUCUUAUUACUUCUGACAUAUUUCAAGAGUGUCCAGGUCGCACCACUCUGGUGGAGCACAGCAUUGUUUUAAAACCAGAUGCUGCCAUAAAGCGUAUGAGUUACAGGAUACCCGAACGCUUCCGGGUGGAGCUGAAGGAGGAGAUGGACCUCAUGCUGUCUCUAGGAAUCAUCCAACCUUCAACAAGUACCUCAACUCUAUAUCAAAAUUUGACUCUUACCCAAUGCCACGUAUUGAUGACCUCAUUGAGCACCUGGGGGCAGCAAGAUACUUAACAACUAUUGAUCUGUCUAAGGGGUACUGGCAGGUGCCUCUCACUAAACAGUCCCAGGAGCUGACAGCGUUUCGCACCCCCUGGGGAUUGUUCGAGUUCACAGUCCUGCCAUUCGGUCUCCAUGGGGCCCCAGCAACAUUUCAAAGACUAAUGGAUCAGGUACUCUCUGGGCUCUCAGCAUUCACCUGUGCAUACCUUGAUGAUGUUGUGGUUUUCAGUGCAACUUGGGAAGAGCAUGUUCACCAUCUAAAGGAGGUCCUGGAUCGGCUGCGUUUAGCAGGCCUUACCAUCAAUCCAGCAAAGUGUGCUCUUGCCAGGACAGAAAUACAGUACUUGGGGUACACCAUUGGAGGUGGUACUCUGAAACCUCAAGUUGAUAAAAUCAAUGCGAUAGCAUCCUGUCCGCUCCCACAAACCAGGAAACAGCUGCGGUCUUUUCUUGGCAUGGCUGCAUUCUACCACAGAUUCAUUCCUAAUUUUUCAGCUAGAGCAGCAUUCCUA